GUUUGAGCUGGUGUUUUUAUUCAUUAUCGUCCAGAUCUUGUAGGGAGGAAAGUCUUAUGAAGAGUAGCCGUCAUCUUCAUAAUUGCACCUUGAUCACUUUUUGAAGCUUGUUAUGACAGGUUGUCUUGUUUUCUGAGUAAAAGGUUUACUUUUUUUAAUUUGGAUUUCCGUCACAUCACAGAGAUUUCACCACUGUGUUCACUCCAAAUUAAUCUCUUCUGAGUACCAGAGGAGGACUCACCAUGUGGCUAAAAGGUUUUAUAAGUAACCAUGUCAACAUGAAACUUCUGAAGACCUGUGUCAUCCUCCUCCUUGUGUAUGUGUUGUUCUUUACACUAAGAAACAUGGCCCUGCUGCAGGGGCUGGGGGGUGAGGGCACUAGCAUGGGCCCUACUUGAAAAUGAUGCUCACCUGCUGCACCCCCAAAAUCCUAACCAGCUAUUCACCUUGUCAAAGGUGGGACAGAUGAUAAUAUAACAUUUAGUAUGCUGAGACCAUUUUAACCACUAUUACUGGUGUCCAUUAAUUUUGAAGAAAACUCUAUCAUCUUCCUCAAGAAAGUGACCUCCGCUCCUUCCACCGGUCCUGUGUUGGCUCCUUACAUGCCUGACAACUUCUGCACCAUCAAGCCACUGUCUUCUGCAGAUGCUAAAGAGGAACGUUUCAUAUUGGACUCCAUUGCUUGGCCUGAGACUCCUCCUCUGCCAGCUCCUUUUUCAUUGAAUCAGACAAGUAAUGCCGCCCACAGCACCUUUACCAUUCUCCCAAGGAGGGGUGGAGGAGAUUGGCAUGUAGGAGACCAGCUGGAAGUUAUUAUACAAAUGUACAACUUCCAAGGUAACCCCAAGAAGUCUGGAGGAGAUGCAAUUGUUGCCCGGUUGCACAACAGGGCACUUGAAGCAGGUGUGGCUGGACGAGUGGUGGAUCUCCUUAAUGGCUCCUACUCUGCUGUAUUCUCUUUACUCUGGGAAGGAAGCGCACAGGUUGAGGUGACCCUUGUCCACUCAAGUGAGGCUGUCACAGUUCUACGUAGGCUAAACAGAGAUCAUCCUGAUAGGGUUCGCUUCCAAAGCGUCUUCCGCUCAGGCUCAAUCUCUGAAUCUACCAUCUGUAAUGUUUGCCUACGCCAAACCAGCCAGCCACAGUGCAACUACACUGACCUCCAUACAGGUGACCCGUGGUUCUGCUACAAGCCAAAGAAUCUGAGCUGUGAUGCCAGGUUUAACCACAUGAAAACAGGAUAUGAUAAUGUACUCAAGACCGAAGAGUUGAAGCUCUUUCAAAGGAAUGUCAACCUGAAAGUCUUCAUUCCGGCUUCAGGACCUGCCAGUGUCACUGUGUUGCCACGAAGGAAAGGGCAACCUGUAGUCAAUCAAGACAGUGGGAAGUCUGGACUCUCUGGGUAUUACUACCAGGGUGUGUGGCGAUCACUAGGUGGCUUUAACGUUAACCAAUUCAACAACGACUCUGCAAUCAGCCAGUGUUUGAAAGGCAAGGUGGUCCACAUGUAUGGAGACUCAACCAUCAGGCAGUGGUUUGAGUACCUCGACGCUUCGCUUCCAGAGGCUAAGGCAGUAAACCUGAACAGUCCGAAGCCAGCAGGACCUUACAUGAUAUGGGAAAAUGCAAACAAAAUCAUGGUAACGUACCGCAUCCAUGGUCUUCCUCUUCGGAUUUCAAUAAUACCAACCAGUAAGGACUUUUACGUUUCCAAAAAACUUGAUACGCUGGUUGGUGGUACCAACACAGUUGUAGUUUUAGGAAUCUGGGCCCAUUUCAGCACUUUUCCAAUUGAACUUUACAUCAGACGGCUUCAGAGCAUCCGCAGGGCAGUGGUCCGUCUGUUGAAUAGGGCUCCUGGCACACUGGUGGUCAUCAGAACUGGGACCCUCCAAGCUAUGCACGUUGGUAAUGUGAUAAGCAACGGUGACUGGUUCUCGUUUCAGGUGGACAAGGUGCUCAGAGCCAUGUUCAAAGGACUUAAUGUCCAACUGGUGGAUGCAUGGGAUAUGGUUCUUGCUCACCACUUGCCACACAACAUUCAUCCAAAACGUCCCAUCAUUAAGAAUAUGGUUGAUGUUCUAUUGUCCUACAUAUGCCCACAAAAGAAGAGAUAGCUGUUAAUUUCAUGAAGGAAUUUUAACAAUUCAGGAAAAAUGCAGCUCUUGUCAAUCAGUUUGAAGUCAAAUAGCUCUAAUAAAAACAGGCGUGUGAAGAUUCACAUUAACCCAAACAGCUCAUUGAGCUAGGUACUUGGAAAUUUGGAAAUUUAAAUACAUCUGAGCUCAAGUCUAAAUUUACCAUACCACAAUAAGCUAAAUUUACCAUUUAGUCCAUUUACUCCAUAGAAUUGUAUGAGAAGUUACUAUCUACCCAUUAACUAAUGGCUAACUAGUAGUUAAUUCCCCAUUAACUAUGCAACAAUUUGUGUAGUUACAUUAUCUGCUAAAUUAUAAUUAGCUACUCUGGAACAUGUAAUGAAGAAGUAUUCACCAUCUACCCAUUACUAAAUACCCAUGACAUGAAUUUAUUCAGCCAAUUUACAUGAAAACUAAAAAACUAAACUAAAAUAAUCCAUUAUGCCAUCCAACCUUUGGCUGCUCAAUUGAAAACGAAAAGUCAGUGAGGGAGCGUCUCCUAUUCACCUCAUUCAAUCAUGUAACUAUCUUAUUAAACAUUAAGUGGACUUUUUUUAUUCAAUGUGUUAAUCAGCUAAAGUAUGGAUCCACAGUAGUUAAAUUAUUCAUGAGCUCAAUUUAUUAUGUGAGUAAAUGUUUUGUUGCUUUGAUUAUUAAUCAUGUCCUCUCUGAGGUAAAAUUUCUAUUGACAAAGAAGCAUAGCAUGUUUCCUUGAUGUCUGAUGAUAUAGUUAGGUCAUUUUUAUGAUUUAAUUCAGGAAAUAUCCUACAUAUGGGACCUUGAACUUGAUCCUAGCCUGAAUGGUUGGAUAAUGGACUUUUUACCAAUAGGUGGCAGUGCGUGACAGUAAAUGGUGUUCUUUCUAUCCUGAUCUUUUCUUCCACCAGCUUGUUGUCUGUCAGCCCUUCUGUACAUUAUGUACACUAAUGAGUGUUGCAGCAUUUGUGUGUGUGUGCUGUUGUAUGUGUACAUAUUUCAUAUUUUAUAUGCUGCAGCUGGAUUGCUUCUACAGAGUUUCGUUGUAUAAAUUUACAAUGACAAUAAAGAUCAAUCAAUCUAUCAAAAACAGA